GUUGGAAAAACGAAAUACUCAACACAGUCAUAAAGGAUUAUGAAUCGUGGCUCAUUUUUGUUUCAGAUGAAUGCUAGAGAGGGUAGUGUUCCUGGCUAUUUUCUGACAUCCUGAAACAAAGUUCAAACUGCAGCCUGUGACUGCCUGAGCUGAAAAUGUGGUAGGAUCCUUUGGCACAAAACCCGUUCAUAGCUGGAGAUGAUCCAGUUCAGCUGCAACUGCUGUCUCUCCUCUAACUCCGGGAAUUCUCUUCCGCAGCUGAUAUUUUGUCUUUCGUUCUGUUCUGGCAUCGGUGCCUUUCCCACAGACCUCCUGUGUGCUGCAAGAGGAUGUGCAGUUGGAUCGAGGCCGUUACAACCGUGUAGGAAAUAAGCAAGAGAGCAGCCACCUUCGCGGCGCUUUUCCCCAGGGAUACAGGAGUUUAGGACAGGGACAUUUAAUCUAGUCUUAGAGCAGUGUCUGUAAGACCUGUGCACACUCACAGGUGGAAACAAACUGAGGCAAAGACAGCUACCUGUACAGGUUGGUUAUGGCUGCAAUUUAUCAAGCAGUGUAUAGAAGAGCCUCCUCUCUCAUGUGCCGGUUCCACUCUACCUAUGUUCGAAAAAUGAGAUACUUAAAUGACCUGAAGGAAGAUGAUAGCCUUUGUAGACAAGCCCAGACCUCAGGAACAUUCUACCUCUUUCACAAUCUCUCCCCCUUCCUGCAGGAAGUCGGGAAGCAAUAUUUGGUACCACAGGUCAGUGCAGCAGAGAUUAAAAGGAUCCUGGAGAAAUUCAAAGAGGCUGAACAGUGGAUAGAGAAGUCGGUGCUGAUCGGUUGUUCAGAUGAGCACGUACCACACUUUGCCCUGGAUUUAGGAGCCUUGGAGAAAUCAGUCAUUGAGUCUGAACUCAAGGGAUCGUUUACUGACUUACGGAAGGCUCUCUUCGUAGUGGAUCAGAAAGAUUCUCCUUUGCUGGCUUCGGCUCAGUCCCUUCUUCGGUGGCACGAUUCCCACCAGUACUGUAGCAAAACUGGCCAGCCCACUCAGAAAAACGUGGCUGGCAGCAAACGUGUCUGCCAUGCCAGUGGGAUAAUUUACUACCCACAGAUGUCUCCGGUGGUUAUCACCCUGGUGUCUGAUGGGAGCAGGUGCCUCCUUGCUCGACAGCCCUCAUUUCCCCAGGGGAUGUACAGCGCUCUGUCAGGCUUCUGUGACAUGGGUGAAAACGUGGAGGAGACAGUCCGGCGGGAGGUGGCAGAAGAGGUGGGUCUGGAGGUGGAAUCGUUCCAGUACUCGGCUUCUCAGCACUGGCCCUUUCCCAGCAGCUGCUUAAUGAUAGCUUGUCACGCCUUGGUGAGAGAGCAGCAGACUGAGAUCAGUAUGAACAGCCUGGAACUAGAGGAAGCCCGUUGGUUUGACCUGGAGGAAAUCAUGAAGGGUCUGAAGAGAAAGCCUGGAUCUUCAAAGCAAGAAGAUGGUAGUUUAUUACCCUGGUUCCCUCCCCAACAGGCCAUUGCUCACCAGCUGAUUUGGGAGUGGGUUAAGCAGCAAACUUCUCAGCUGGCUUAGGCAAGCCUGCGAUUCUACCACAACUACAAAAGCUCAAUACAAAAGCUUCCAAAGUUAGUGAAAGCGAAGUCUGUGUUACAGUGAGGAUAGCACCACACUGAUGGCCAUCUUACACUCAGGUACAUAGACCUGCAAAGCCAUUUCUAAACUGAUCAUCCUCAGGAAAUUCCAUGUACAGUGGAUCACCUUUGAGAUCCCAUGACUUGCAGUAAAUGUACAAUAAAAUUCUUAGGCCCAGCAAGCAACAGAACAGUGAACCCCUGGCACCUGUGUCCCAUUUUCCUCCAUUUAUCCAUCUUGGAUGGAUAUCAAACACGCACUUUUUCCAG